UCAUGGCUGACGAAGAAAGUCCCAGAAUAACUGUUACCGUUAAAACGCCGAAAGAAAAGCAUGAUGUCGAAAUUAAUGCAGAUGCUGGUGUGCGAGAAUUUAAGGAAGAAGUUGGUAAGAAGUUUUCUGCACCUAUAGAACAACUUUGUCUGAUUUUUGCUGGAAAGAUUCUAAAAGAUGGAGAAACUUUGUCACAGCAUGGAAUAAAGGAUGGACUUACCGUGCACCUAGUGAUCAAGUCUUCAAACAGGUCACAAGAACAGGCAGCACAGAGAACAACAGCGCCCUCCAGUACAUCAACUCCUGGGACAACUACUUCAGGAGGGGAAACCCCAAAUCUCUCACAGACUCCCUUUGGAUUGGGAGGUUUAGGGGGAUUAGCAGGACUUGGAAAUCUUGGAAUGGGGUCUCACAACUUCAUGGAGAUGCAACAAAAUAUGCAGAGGGAGAUGAUGGCUAACCCUGAUCUGAUGCGGCAGAUGAUGGAGAAUCCAUUUGUCCAGCAGUUAAUGUCUAACCCUGACGUCAUGAGACAGAUGAUCACCAGUAAUCCACAGAUGAGGGACCUUAUGGAGAGAAACCCAGAAAUUUCACACAUGUUGAACAACCCAGAGUUAAUGAGACAGACAAUGGAACUGGCCAGGAACCCUGCCAUGCUUCAGGAACUGAUGAGAUCUCAAGAUCGUGCUAUGAGUAAUUUAGAGAGUAUACCUGGGGGAUUCAAUGCCCUACAGAGGAUGUACAGAGAUGUACAAGAGCCAAUGAUGGACGCUGCCUUUGGGAAUCAGAAUCCAUUUGCCUCCCUUGUCAGUCAAAAUAGUUCUGAUUCCUCCAACACACAGCAGGGUACAGAGAACACCCAGCCCCUCCCCAACCCCUGGGCCCCAGCCUCCACACAGAGCAGUUCAUCCUCCACAACAAGUAGUUCUACGGCCCCCACAGCUACAGUAUCAACACAAGACAUGUUGGGUAGUCGGGGAAUGCAGAGUUUGAUGCAACAGAUGAUUCAGAACCCCCAACUGAUUGAAAACAUGAUGCAAGCCCCUUACAUGCAGUCCAUGCUUCAGUCAAUGUCAGCUAACCCAGAGAUGGCAAACCAGAUUAUUGGAUCCAAUCCUAUGUUUGCCAGUAACCCUCAACUUCAGCAACAGGUGUUACAACAGCUCCCAACUAUGCUUCAACAGUUGCAGAACCCUGAAAUGCAAGCAUUGAUGACUAAUCCGCAGGCUUUAAAUGCAGUAAUGCAGAUACAACAGGGUAUGAGCACACUGCAGCAGACAGCUCCUUCACUCUUCCCUGGAUUAAAUCCUGGCUCACUGGCUCUGGGUGGAACAUCUACAACUACUGCUACAACAACAACAACAACAUCUGCUAUCACAGACACCACAAGUGCCACCACAGAAGCCACAAGCUCCCCCACCACCACCACAACUGCUACAGUGACUACAUCGUCAACAGGUGGCACCACUACCACCCCUUCCACUGUUGGAUCUACCCCUCAGCAGAAUCCUGAACAGCUGUCCAAUCUCAUGGCUCACAUGAUGCAGCUGAUGGCUGGUGGUAACCAGAAUCAGCCCCCAGAGCAGAGGUAUGCUGCACAACUGGAUCAGCUGGCCACUAUGGGUUUUGUGGACAGAGAGGCAAAUAUCCGAGCACUACAAGCGACACUGGGAGAUGUGAAUGCUGCAAUAGACAGGCUGCUGCAGCAGCGAUGACACACAGUUUAUUUACAGGAACUUUUUUUCUUACAAGAACCAUAUUAAAACAAGAGCAUCCAAUUCAACUUAAGAAACAAUUAUUUUCUCUGUACGGACUCAUCAGUGUUUUAAAAAUUAUUGUUUAACAUAAAAUUAAUUAUUGAUUUACUGUAUACAGGGGAAUCUUUGUCCCUUUCACCCUCGUCGCAACUGGGUGGAUAUAAAAUGGGGAGAAUUCAAAGAAAACAGCAUUGUAUUUUGAUUAGAACUGUGUUUGGAUAUUUGUAGAAGGGGCAAAAUUAUUUUCUAGUAUGAAAGGGUGAAAAUAACACAGGGCAAAAAUAACCCUGUAUACAGUAUUUAUUUUACUCACUUUAUUGCUUGGUUUUAAUCAAGUAUGAGAUUUAGAAGGAUUAAAUCUUACAGACAUCUUCUUAUAGAUGUUAUGGUUAAUUAUGAAUUUAGUGCAAAUCACACAGAAAAUUGAUUCCUGAUUAGUCAGAAUUAUGUUAAUAUUUACCUUAAAACAGCAGCAUAUGCCCACAAGUCAGUAUUGGUCUCCAGGAUGUCACUGUGUAGGGAAUUUUCCUUCAGUUUUUUGUCAGUGUGUUUUGUAAUUUAAUGUCAUAUUGGACAACUCUAUGUACUGUACUUGUAUCUGUGUACACUGAUACUGUUGAAACAUUGUACAUGUACCAGUAUGUCAGAUAAUAUAAGACAGAAAUUGAAGAGGGUUAAAGUUUGUAAAGAUGUUGAACAUGUCUUGAACAAUGGUGCUUGUAAUAUAUGAGAUCUUUUAUGUGAACUUUCAAGAAUUAACAAGGAAUAUGAACACACUCUGUAAUUUAUUUUUGUUUUGCAUGAGAAAAUAAUGAUUUUUUUUCCUUCAUUUGGAAAAUUAGUUUGUUUAGAUAAAUAAUUUUUAUCUGCUGUAUAUUGAUAUUCCAGGGACACUAUAUCUGUGUAACAAAAGAUAGACUGUGUAGGUCAAUAAUUUUUAUCUGCUUAUUUUAAUAUUCCAGCUAGGUGUAUACUGUAUACAGCUAAAUUUUUGCCCCCUUUUUAUGUUCACCCUUUCCCCCUUGUCACAAGUGGGCGAAUUUAAAACAGGAUGAAUUCAAAGAAGAUUCUUUUCUUAAAAAAGAAGUGUGUUUGAGUGAAUUUAAAAUGGGGCUAAAUUGUUUGCAAGUGGGAUAUUGUGAAAAUAGCAAGGCCAAAAAUAACCCUGGAUACAGUGACAAAAUGCAUGGAAUAAAUUAAGUUCAAAAUACAUACAUUAUCCAGAAUAGUUACUGUAUACAAGGGAAUUUUCAUCUUUGUUUUAUUUUUGCCCCUUUCACUUAUCAUAAGUGGGUGAAUUUAGAACAGGAAAAAAUUAAAAGAACACAGUAUAAUUUCUUAAACAGAACUGUGACUUGGCAAAUUUAAAAUUAAGCAAAUUUGUUUGUGUGGAAGAGUAAAAAUAACACAGGGCGAAAAUAACCCUGUAUAGAGAUUAACAUUAUAGGCACAACUUUUUCCCUCACUUUGUGAGUGAAAUAUUGGCUUGUAUACUUUGUUAAAGGUGGUCUAAAUUCCUGUAUACUAUGAUGCAUGAAGCACAUGGGAACAAUAAUUGGUUGAGUAAAGUUGGUCAAUACUGUUACUGUAUAAAUAUUUUAGAUUCUGGAGGAAAACACAUUCACAGAAGAUAGUCUGCAGGUAUAAUUUCAAUUCAUCUAAGAGUUAUCUGAAUUGAAGAAAAAAUAUGUUUAUAUCUUUCCUUUUUUUAAAGAAAAAAGUGAAAGUUGAAUGAUAAUGAAUAAUGAAAAUCCAUUUUAUUUCCCACUGUGUACAUGUAUUCCUUGUUGACUUUUCUGCAUUAAUUUUUUUUUAAGUACAGAUGUUUGGGAUCAAACAAUUGUUCUGAGUGAAAAAUUUCCUUUGUAUCUUAAUUUAUACAAGCCAUGUCAAUUUGGGGCUUUAUCACAGGACUGACUUGAUAUUUGCUGUUGUACAGUGUUUGAAAUUAUGAAUAAAAUACAUACAUAUAGACGUAA